AUGAACUGUUAUAGAGUGAUUGAAUCCAUUUUUUAUAGACAUGUCUCUCCUUUCGGGCUCUUGGAUGGUGGCACGUACUCGGUCAUGUUGUUCCUCAACCCCUGCUCAGGACCCGGCGCUAGGUUCCACCGCGCAUCAUGGCUGAGCGCGCGGAACCUGGGCUCUGGGCUGGCACCUGCUGCAUCCACCGUCCUGCAAACAAUCAAACAACCACCAACAAGCCCACCACUCCGAAUAUCCAGACAAGCAGCACGUCAUCCCACCCCUAACAACCGUGUGCGCCCCCAUGCCUCGGCCACGUUGGUACCCCCGAUCAACGCCGCCAUGUCGUCUUCCCCCAGAUCUCCUCGGCGGUCGACCGAAAGCUUCGAUCUGUUGUCGCCAAACCCACCGCAGCAGACAACCUUUCCCUUCCCCACGCCCUCGCAACAUGAGUGGGCAAACAGGCCCAAUUCCACAGGCGGGCGCUAUAAGCCACGUCGCGGCUCCACCGCAAGCUCAAUACACUCGGUCGGCGGCGUGCUGGACAGCGGCUACCGGAACAACAUGGGUGCCGUGAACGAGCAGAGUCAAAAUGCCAUCUCGACAUUGCUGCAACCGCCCAUUGUGCGAACAGGCAUGCUCCCCCACACAGCUGCCACUGCCCCCGCUGGACACCGCCCGCCCUCUACCAAGGACAUCCCACCCGUCACCUUGGUCAACAUACCCCACGUCGAACCCUCCGUCUUCAACUCGUACCUGUCGCAAAUCGGCCGUCUGUACGAUGCAUUCCAGCGCGCAAAGGCAGAAGCGGACGCAGAAGCAGAUGCCGCCCAGCCAAUACGGAGAGGAUCAGACAAGGACGACCGCUCUGAGAGUUUGGAGCGUGGCCUGUCAGCCGGUACACCCAACCUGGCAGGAAGCCCAUUGAUGCCUGGUAGCACCCCAAAGCCAAAGCCAAAGCGACGAACGAGUGGGAUGAAGCGUAACCUGCCUGCCGUCACUCCACUCUCCACGAUACCCGCCGUCUACUUUGACCAAAACUUCCACCUUGAGAAUCCACGAACUUUUGACAUCGUCAGUGAAAGAUCAGAGGUGGUCCGGCCAAUGCAAACAUCGAGCAAUGACGAAUUCAACACAAAUGGCACAGUAGAACCUCCUCAGCCACCGGCAAGGAAAGCUCUGGCAACGAAUGCGAUUCUACAGGAGAAGCUAUCGUGGUACAUGGACACGGUGGAAGUGCACUUGAUAGCAGCCAUUUCAACUGCGUCAACGUCCUUUUUUGCAGCCCUAGGGUCGCUGCGCGAACUCGAGACUGAAGCCUCAGAGUCAGUAGCGAGAAUCAAACAAUUGAGGCAGGAUCUCCGUCGAUUGGAUGAACGAAUGGCAGUGGGAGGACUGGAAAUCGUCGAGAUGAGGCAACGGCGGGAAAAUCUCGGCAAACUGGCCGACGCGGUGGAUCAAUUGCAAGGAGUCAUGGUCGGCUUAUCGCAUUGCGACGAGAUAGUCAACAAGGGUCAUCUGGAGAUGGCCAUGUCUCGACUAGAAAUAAUAGAAACACUAAUCACUGGCGCCCUCGACACUUCCGACUCGGCCAACAUCUCAUGGUUGAAUUCGCGGAUACCACCGCGGCUAAUCGAUCUAAGGCCCUUGCGAGCACUGGAAGGUGUAUUCGAGGGCAUUCACGAAUUGAAGUUUCGAGUCGGUCGAGGCUUCGAAAAGCGCUUUGUGGAUACGCUCCUGAUCGAUUUACGAGAGCAUGUCAAGUCGGUAUCAAGCUCUGACACACUAGAGCGCUGGGUGGCGGCAUCACAGAAGGUGCGGGGGAACCACCAAAAAGGGAAGACGACAUUGUCCACGUACAUGGCUACAAGCGACAAGUUGCGUGCAGACCUGCGGACAAGUCUGUAUGGAUUGAGUGGCGCCCAAUUUACCAACCAAGCCAGUGCAACAUUCAGGGAGGCUGUUAUGAAAGAGAUGAAACUGCUCAUUCGAAAACACUUGCCGAGUUCGUCGGAUGAUGACACGGAAUCCAUGACAUCAGUGUCUACACGAGGCGGUCGUGGACGCAGCCAGCAAGACAAGAACUCGAUACUUGCGCGCAACCUACGUGCAAUGGACCCUGCGGAUGCCGAGGAAUUCUUUACCAACAUCUUUACCAGUAUCGGCGAAGCGCUGCGUCGGCUUAGCACCCAAGUAAAAGUACUGCUCGAUGUUACAAGUGGAGUCACAACACCACCGCAGUCUGCGGGUGGGCUUCGGUCGCCCCCUAGGAGUCCGUACAGACAGCACAGCAUCGACGGCUACAUUGGAAAUGAUCAUGACGCGCCAACUAGCAACGACCUGCAAAUGGAGCUCAUGCAAGCCCUCGACAUGUCCAGUCUGCUCGGUCAAGCCGUUGAUGCGGCACAAACGCAAAUCACCAAACUCCUCAAGGUGCGAUCAGAGGCAACGGCCAACCUACCACUUGAGCGCUUCCUGAGGUACUUCAACCUGUGUAGACUCUUUGCAGACGAAUGUGAAGCCGUCUCCGGUCGAUCUGGAGCUGCCCUCAAGGCGGUUGUCAACACUCAUAUUACCGAUUUCGUCUCCAGAUUCGGCGACGUGGAAAAGCAAGAACUAGCCAAAGCCAUGGAUUCUGACCGCUGGGAACCCAAAGACUUUGACACAUCGGAUAAUGAAGUGCUUGCACGCAUACUUCAAGGCAUGGACAGUGAUCCUCCCGCUUGGUCGGGAACAGGCGACGUCCUUCGCACCAUCGAAGAACCAACCACUGCCAAUACCACCAACGGCACACAGAACCCCCAAACCAAUGGUAACAUUGACGAUAAGCCCAAAGAAAAGGGCAAAACCACCGUCCCCGCCAUCAUCGACGACUCCUCAUACACAAUUUCCACCUCCUCCACCCACGUCUUACGCGGCAUCGAACGCUUUGAAAUCCUCCUCUCUGCCAUCCCCAGCAUGACCUCUGAAGUAUCCUCCAGCCUCUGCGACUACCUCAAACUCUUCAACUCACGCCUCUGCCAACUCAUCCUCGGCGCCGGCGCCAUGCACUCCGCCGGCCUAAAGAACAUCAACACCAAACACCUCGCCAUUGCCAGCCAAACCCUCUCCUUCAUCAUCGCCCUCCUCCCCUACAUCCGCGAAUGCGCCCGCCGCCGCGGCGCAACCACAACCACAACCACGCCCGCCACCAAAUCCGCCCUCGCCGAAUUCGAAUCCGUAAAGCGCCUCCUCCACGACCAGCAAAACCAAAUCCACGACAAGCUCACCGACAUCUUGUCCGGCCGCGCGGGCGUGCACAUGCGCAGUCUGCGCAAGAUUGACUGGGAUGCCGCGGCCGAGGUGGCCCGGGAGGUGAGCCCGGCGAUGGAGAGUCUGACAAAGGAUACGGUGACUAUGUUCAAGGUGAUUAGCAAGUAUUUGGGGGAGAUGCAGGUGCGGAUGAUUAUGGGACCGGUGUUUGAGAGUUAUCGGGAGCAGGUUGGGGGGGUGGUGAGGGAGGCUGGGGUGAGGAGUUUGGGGGGGAAGGAGAGAUUACUCCGCGAAGCCAAACUCUUCGACGCAAAACUCGGCUUUAUUGAUGGGGCGGCUGGUGUCGGGACGUAUCUCGUUCAGCUUGUUGAGGGUAAGGUUGUUCCUGGGGCUGGGACUGGGACUGGUGUUGGGACUGGGACUGCGGCUGGGAAUGGGAAUGGGAAUGGUACUGCGGCUGCGGCUGCGUCAGGCACAUCCAAAGAACCGGACUCACAAGGUAAAUCCCAGGGCAAGACGGGUGUGGAAAAUGGGAUUAGGGAGGAGGGGGGGAAGGGGGUGGGAGAUGGGGUGGAAGGGGAGGGAGGAGUUAAGGGUGGGGGGUAG